GCGGACCGCAGCUCCGUACACACACAUGCACACACACACAUACACGAACGCGCACACACGCGCACUGAGCGAGCGGAGCACGUCUGUGAGAGAGAGACAGAUCCUGUGAAUAAUCGUCAUUGCUCCUGCGACCCGUUCGGAUCUCGGAUGAUCCAUAAUAACCUCUAAUAUUAACCCAAAACUAUAAUAACUCAUUAUCAGAAAUCAUCCGGAUCGCGGCAACAUGUCCCGCAGAAAGCAGAGCAACCCCCGGCAGAUCAAACGUCCGCUGGACGGAGGUGUGGAGGAGGAGGAAGAAGAGUGCGUAUCGGACGGAAAUGAACUCGCGACUAAGGAGGAGUUUUCGGUGGAGGAAAACUUUGCUGCUGACUUUGAGACAGACAACCUCACCUGUGAGGAAAUGGAUUACUUCUGCGGCAAAGGGGAAGAGAAUGGCAGCAGAGAAAUGGGAGACACGGAGAUGGAGGUGGAGAGCGAAAGGGGCAGGCCACCACCUCUGGAGCCGGAGGAAUGGGAUGGUCCACGUGAGCUGGACCUGUUCAACAAAGAUGGAGAACGUCGCAUUCACAGUCGUCAACAGCUUCCUGUAGGAACAACGUGGGGACCUUUUGAGGGAAAGAUUGAGCAGAAUACAGACGGUGUCCAGAAGACGAAAGUGUCGGCCCCUCUGGUGUUGAACGCCGGCCCCCGGUGGCUGUUGGAUAUGACUUGGCAGGCUUCCGACGACAACAGGAACAACUGUGUGGUGUACAGCAAAGGUGGUCAGCUGUGGUGCACCACAACCAAGAGCAUGAUGGAAGGCGAGGAACUGUUGGCGUUCGCUGUGGACUUUGACUCUCGAUUGCAGGCGGUCAAUCACAUGUCUCUCGGUGAGGGCAUGUACCCAGCACGUCUUCUGGACACCAUUCAGCUCCUGCCCCAGCAAGCAGCAAUGGCCUCUAUAUUACCCACAGCUAUAGUCAACAAGGACAUCUUUCCCUGUAAAGCAUGUGGGAUAUGGUACAGGAGUGAGAGAAACCUGCAGGCUCACCUGAUGUAUUACUGCAGUGGACGACAGAGAGAACCCGAUAAUAUCCCUGAAGAGACUGAUGCCAGUUCUCACCAAACGCCAAGUAUCUGUCCUUUCCCACAAUGCAACAAGAGCUUCAGCAACCCUCGUGCCCUGGAGAUGCACCUGAGCUCACACAGCGGUGUCAAAAUGGAGGAGUCUCUUCCCCCUGGUGCCAGCUUAAAAUGCACAAUCUGUAACUACACAGCGGAUUCACUCCUUACAUUCCAGCAUCACAUCCUCUCUCACCUGUCACAGGCAGCUUUCAAAUGCAAUCACUGCCACAUCAGCUUUCAGAACCACAGGGAUCUUCUGCAACAUCAAGACCUGCAUGGCCACUCUGGGAAGAUUCACAGGGAGAGCGACAAUGAAAACUCUCCUAGAGGAGUAGAGGAAAGCCUGCAGACGGCACGGACAGAACUUUCAGCCAGAAAGGAUGUGGUGAUGCAAAGUCCCAAGACCACACCAAACAAGGCCAACAGUCCUGAUGUAGAGCUUGAAAGACCUGAGAAGAAACCUGCACCCGGAUUACAGAAGGGCGAGAAUCAUCCGGGCAGUAAAGUUAGUUUCUCUUACACCAGAAUCAAAUCUGAACCCUCGAGUCCACGGCUAGCCUCUUCUCCCGUUCAGCAUAACAUGGGCCCAACCUUUCCCAUGGGUCCAUUCUUGUCCCAGUUUGCAUUCUCCCAGGACAUUUCUGUGGUUCCACAGGCAUCAGAGAUUUUAGCAAAAAUGUCAGAGCUGGUUCAUCGCAGGCUACGCCACGGAGGGAACAGCUACCCACCUGUCAUCUACAGUCCUCUGAUGCCCAAAGGGGCAACCUGCUUUGAAUGCAACAUCACCUUCAAUAAUCUAGAUAACUACUUGGUUCACAAGAAGCAUUACUGUAACAGUCGCUGGCAGCACAUGGCGAAGUCCCCAGAUUUCUCAAGCAUUCCGGACAAGGUCUCCGAUGCCAUAAGUCCUAACAGUGGUCACAGUUCAGUCGGUAUGCUCCCAGGAUGCAUCCCUUCGGAAACCGACAGUCAUCUUGUGACAACAGCAUGCUUGAAUUCAUCUGUUUUGGAUAUUAUGAAUGCAGGUGGGAAAGUGCCUGAUAAAGACCUCACUGGUCAGGUCAAAAAGGUUACGACAUCAACAGGAGUCGAGGAAAGGCUUGGGGGAAAACCGGCUGAGGUGAAGAGUCCCAGCACAUCUUUGGUCGAAAGUGACAACGACCCAAACAAGACCACGUGUGAAGCAUGCAACAUCACUUUCAGUCGGCAUGAAACUUUCAUGGUUCACAAGCAGUACUACUGUGCCACUCGUCACGACCCUCCCAUGAAACGUAUGUCCGCUAAGGUGCCCGCCAUGCAGCGGACCAUGAGAACACGCAAGCGGAGGAAGAUGUACGAGAUGUGUCUUCCCGACCAAGAGCAAAGGCAGCCAAUGGGGCCACAGCCCGGAUUCCUAGGUAUGCCCACUUUGGGAAAUCCUUGUACAUCCCAGGAAACUGUAGAAAGCCUGGCUGACCGCUUUCAUCCACGGUGUGACAUCUUUCCGGGCCUUGUCCCAAAACACUUAGAUGCUUCUCUUGCUGUCUCUAAACCUAGCAUUCUUCCCACUAAAAGUAAUACUAUUGCAGACCCACAGGAACUAGAUGCACCAAUCGAUCUCAGCAAAAAAGGCUCACCCAUUCCUGACAAGUCAUGCAAUUCCCCCAAAAGACUCUUGGACUAUCAUGAAUGUACCGUGUGUAAGAUAAGUUUUAACAAAGUGGAGAAUUACCUAGCUCACAAACAGAACUUUUGCCCGGUGUCAGCUGCUCAGCACGGGGAGAUCGGCAGUCUGGAACAGCACAUGUUCCCUGGCAUGAAAACCGAAGGCAAUAACACAGAUGACGUCUUUGACAAGAAUUCUAUCAAGUGUGAGAAAAACGGUGGAAACAAGCUGAUGGUGCAAAAUGGAGGCAUGUUCCCACCUCACCUAGGGCCAGAGCUGAAAGCUUUCGGUGACCCACAGAUCAUGUCAGCUAAAGAUGAAAACAAGAACAUGUUUUUGUCUCACUGUCUCUAUCCUGGAGCAAUAAAGAAAGUGAAAGGUGCCGAACAAAUAUCGCCGUAUUUCGGGAUAAAGUCCAGCGACUACAUGACCGGAAGUCUCGUUAUACAGGGUGAGGUGGCCGAACUGGAGCAAAACGGCAAUGGGGCUGGUGAGGCAGGCACAGAAAAACCCACAGCCAAUGGCUGCCCACAUCCCGGCAAGGAGCCGUCGCCUCUGCUGCCCAAAAACCGGGGCAUGGUGAUCGUCAAUGGUGGACAUAAAGAGGACCGUCAGACACCCCAGCAGGAGAACCUGCCUCACAACACUUCAUCACCAGAUGAGCAAACGUCCCCCACGUGGGGCUCUGAGAACGCCCCCGACUCUAACGAGAAUGUAUCUCCCACUUCUAAAUCACCCAUCGAGGAAUCCGCACCCAUCGCCAAAGGCAUUAACGGGUCGGCGCAGCCAGCGGGCGGCGGGAAGUACUGCCGCCUGUGUGACAUCCAGUUCAACAACUUAUCAAACUUUAUCACUCACAAGAAGUUUUACUGCUCGUCACAUGCUGCCGAGCACGUGAAAUGAAGGCGGUCUUUUGUCGCUGAUCCUUUUUUUUGGGUACAAGGUCGUGUCUGAAAUAGUGCAUCAUGCAGUUUUAUAUGCUGCUCGUGGACAAUCAAGAGAAGCUUCUUCUUUCGUUUUUUGAAGACUUAAUGCAAAACGAUGAAAAAAAAAAUCCAAGUGUAAUAUCGGUGCCACUUUCACCUUUUAUUUAUUUCACAAUCAGUAUUAAUAGAAGUAGUGCUCUUAAUUUAAAUUUAAAGAAAGUUUAUAUCAGAGUCGUUUGUAAUGUCAAUGUAUAGUCAUUCUUGUGUAGCAAACAUAUUGUUUACAAUGUAUGUUAGGUUCGAGGAGACCGUAGGCGAAGAGUACUAAACUGAAACGCGGUUUAGACCCAACAAUAGCUACUGGAGCACUUGUGUAUUCUUAUUUGCUGGUACAGUUUUUGUACAUGCCAAAAUGUCAAUUGCUGUUUGACUCUCAUGACUUCAGCCUUAAAACCGUUUGGAGGGACAACCAGGCACAAUUCCGCAGCUCAUAUUUUGGCGUGUACACAUGGCUUUUGCAUAUAUAUGUUGCUGUUUGUCUCUGUGUCUUUUCUUCGACUCAGAAGUGGAUGUGUCAUUGAGGAUGACAGCAUUGCUGUAUAGUACUUGUAUUUCUGUUUGCUGAUACACCUUGUUCUCCCUUUUUAAAAUUUGCUUUCAGCGCAAUACUUUGUAUAAAAACAAUUGGGGGAAAAGGUGGGCGGGAACAUUAUGGAAAACAGUAUUAUAAAGGGGGAAGAUAGCAGCUAUUUCUUACUCAUGAAAAAAUGAAAUUGUACAAAAGGCAGGCUAUUGGUGGUUAUUAUUAUUAUUGAUGGGUGGGCGGAAAGGGAAUACUGUAAAAAUGAUCAUUCCAAUGUCCUUAUGUAAGAAAAAUAUUUCUUAAAAAUGUUGUUGCUAUGCAUGUAUAUGGAUGGAAUAAAAUUCCAGAUCUGUUGGAAAUUUUUAUUUUGAUGUGGUGUCAAUUAAACUUCGAUCCUCAGGAUAAGAAACUAUUUUGGUUGUGUUCUUUGGAGUAUAUUUCACAAAAAAACAUCUGCAGGUCGUUUUUCACGUCGAAAAAAGGAAAUACAUGCAAACUAGUCGAUUUGUUGUGAGUGACAUUCAUUUGAUU